AAUAAACAAAAAAAAAAAAAAACUAGAAUAUCACUUUGCAUCCACACAAUCAUAAUGGAAUGACCCUCAACAACUACCCACUCAUCCCGGAAAACUUCAGCUGCAGUCUUGGAUUUUUUGAUUCCCAAUUCCUUUUCCAUUGCCAAUUUGGAUAUAUCCCCACUGAAGAACAACAUGUCCUCCUCCGCCCUCAUUUCCUGUAUUCAGUCAGCCAUUGAUGAUUUAGACUUUCUAAUCGAAAGCCACAGUCAGAUUCAUCAAAUCACUCAUUUCGGUUACUGGACUCUGAGAUCGAAACUGAGGAACAUCAAAAUGUUUGUUCAUUCCACCACAACGUUUGACAACCAUGACAACAGCCUGGGAUCUUUGUUGGUUACAACCGAAGCUGACGUUCGCAGAAUCGCAGAGGAAAUUCAACGUCUUCGUCUUCAUUUUGAUUGUUUGGUUGAUCCAUUGCUUAAAAGCCAGAGUUCAGACAUCCUCAAAUUGAUUGAACCUAUAAUGGAAAAUAUAGAUGAGUGGUAUCUCACUAUGUUUGAUGAUGAAACUCGCUUUUCGGCUUCUCUUACGAAGGAUCAAAUCUUCGAAAUCUUUGCAACCUGUUUGGAGAAUUUACAGGAGUUGCAUCUUUUAAGGAUAGAUGACGAACUGGACAUUUUCCAAGCAUUAGAAGCUUUGGAAGAGAAGCUGGCAUUCUUAAAGAACCUCAUUUGCUUUGCCACAAACAGAACCGUUGAUCCCAUAAAGGAUUUGCUGUCUCAUUCUCAGACUGUUGCAAUCCGCGCAGCAUAUCUAGUUUAUGCUUGUAGAUCUGGAUCUUAUAAACCCGCAGGAUUCAGAUUGGAAACCUCAACAUUUUUGCAAAAGAUGAAGCUUAUUGAGGAGAUUCAUGAGACUUACAGUCAAACUCUAAGCAGCUUAAAGUCUUCAGGAUUUGCUCCCCAUGCUCUCCAUCAAGACAUGGAUGAUGAUGAUUCUUCAUCUGUGAUGUUGAACGUCCUCGAUUAUCUGAUAUCUUGUCUGUGGAAGCUGUUAACACAGAACUCUUAUCGUGGUUUUGUUGUCAAGGAUCAACUCCAGGAGAUGUUUGAACGGCUUAGAUCGUUAAGAACUAUUCUGAAACAGCAACCCGAGGGAUUUCGGAUGGAAGUUAUGGAAGACAUUGUCGGUGUGGUAUGUGAUGCCGGAGUCUUGACAUUUUCAUGUUGCCAGACUGAGCUUACAGAAGUUGGUAUUGGGAUUCAGGAUUUGCUACGAAGAAUCCUGGACAUUUUGGUGAAAUUUGGAGACAAUGAUCGAGUAUCAACAUUUAACUUUCCAAAGACUGAUCCGUUGGGUUUUGUCGAUUUUGUUUUAGAAAGGCUUUCGAAGCUGACAAGUUGCAGAGUUGAACCAACUAUCAAGGGUUGUCUUCAAACAAUCCAGGAAGAGCUUGCAUCCUUGAGACUUUUCUUGGGAGAAAUUGCAGGGUUGCGCAACACACAUAAUGAACUCCAAAAUCUUUGGAAUCGUGUUUCAGAGGUGGCGUAUAGAGUGGAGGAUCUCAUUGACCACCUAAUGGUUGGUGAUCUUCCUGAUACUUCUUCUAUCUUGAAAGACAUUGAGAGCGUUAAGGAGGAUGUGUUGAAGACUAACCACAGCAAGUGGGGAGAAGAAGCAGAAGUCAAGGAAGUAAAUACAACGAUUGGUUAUCGGGUGCCAGAACAAAGAUCUCCCUCAAUAUCAAAUGAAGUGGUAGGGUUUGUUCAUGAGGAGAGCUCAAUUAUGGAUAGGCUGACAAGAGGAUCAAAGCAAUUACGGAUCAUUGUCAUUGUGGGUAUGCCCGGAGCGGGUAAGACUACUUUGGCAUCGAAGGUUUACAAUGAUAUUUCUGUUGCAAGCUACUUCUCUGUUCGUUCAUGGUUUCCUAUCUCCCAGGUAGUGGAUAAAAAGAAAAUAUUGAUUGAGCUCUUAACACAGAUUGAUCCCAACUACAGUUAUUCCGAGAUGACUGAAUAUGAUUUAGCAGAUAAGCUCAGGCGCACUUUGAAGAGAAGGAAAUAUCUUAUCUUUUUAGAUGAUGUAUGGCACAUUGAAGCAUGGAACAGCCUUAAAGAAUCAUUCCCUGAUGACUAUGUUGGAAGCAGAAUUAUCCUUACUAGUCGUCAUCAUGAUGUUGCUCCUCGCUCAAUGCUUGAUGAAGAACCUCUUAGUGUUCAACCGCUUGAUAAGGAAAACAGUUUGAAGUUACUAAAAAGCAAGUUAGUUUGUCAAGAUGCUUGUAGUCCUCCCUCAAGUGAUCUUUUGAAGCAAAUUGCUGAAUGUUGUAAGGGACUACCUCUGACAAUCGUCAUAGUAGCUGGAAUUUUGUCAGGCACAGAGAUGGAAGGCUGGGAUAAAAUUCUAGAUAGUUUGACUUCAGGCAUUGAAGCAAUUACAGAACACUGCAAGAACACACUGGACCUGAGUUAUAGACAUUUGCCUGAUUAUUUGAAGCCUUGCCUUCUCUACUUUGGCGCAUUUCAAGAAGAUGCACAGGUGUCAGCCAAGAAAUUGUUCCAACUGUGGAUAGCUGAAGGCUUUGUUCGGAAACAAAAAAUGAAGAGGGUCCAAGAUGUUGCGAAAGAUUUCUUAAAUGCUUUGAUUAGCAGAAGCUUGAUUAUUGUCUCCAAUCGAAGAUGGGAUGGUGGAGUCAAAUCAUGUCGCAUUCACGACUUAAUUCUUGAUUUUUGUGUGCAGAAAGCCAAAGACGAACAGUUUCUCCAUAUCCUAAAAGGGCAGGAUGAGCUUUUAGCAUUUAAUGAACCACAAAACCUACGGAGGUUAUGUAUUUUUUCAGACUCAAAAAGUUUCAAAGAGUCGAAGUUAUUUUGCCCUCGUGCACGUUCUUUACUUUUCAAUUACAGGGAUGGAGAGCAAUUGGACUCAACAGUGGUGCUAGAUAUGUCAUGCAUCACUCGCAACUUCAAGCUUCUCCGAGUGUUGGAUAUAGAGCAAAUUGAUAUAGGUCGUCGGUUUCCAAGUGAAAUAGAGCUCCUUGUUCAGCUGGCAUUCUUAGCGAUUCGAGGUCACAUGUCACUCAUCUCACCAUUCAUAGGUAAGCUCUCGAAUUUAGAAACUUUAAUAGCGGAUCCAUGUGGGAGCAACUUGUCAUUGCCAAGUAGUUUAUGGAAUCUGCAGAAUUUGAAGAACCUUUAUAUAAGGGGACGUGUUGCAAGUGGUAGAUUGCCGUUAGAAGAUCUUGACAGCCCUUCUGUUUUAUAUGAACUGGAUAGGCUUUCUGGAGUUUGCAUUCCUCUGGAGGUGAACAUUGAAAAAUUAAUGAGAAAAUUUCCAGACAUCCGCAAGCUGAAAUGCAACAUUUCUGUAGAGAACCAGGAUUCAAAGUAUCUUUACAAGAUUGUGAUUCCUGAUUUUCUGAGUCAGUUAGAGUCCAUCAGUGUUUCUGGUCAAAUCGGUUUUUGUGGUACAGUAGGGUUUUGUUUUCCGGCACAUCUGCGAAAAUUGUCAUUAUCAGAUUUUGUUUUGUCUGGGAGACUUAUUUCAGCAUUUGGUGAAUUGCCAAACCUUGAGGUCCUAAAAAUGAUUGGAGUCAAAUUCGAAGAAGGUACUUGGGAAUUGAAUGAAGGGGAAUUCUCGAAACUUAGAUUCUUGUCCUUAGCUUCUCGAGACCUUAUCAAGUGGAGGGCUUGCGAUGAUCAGUUUGAAUGUUUGCAGAUAUUGGUUUUGCAUGCCUGUACCCGUUUGGAAGAGAUGCCUUCUUGUUUGGAGUCUGUUUCAACACUCGAAACGAUUGAGAUUUAUGAUUGUUCUAAGACUGUAGAAAAGUUGGUGAGGGAGAUUGCAGAAGAACAGGAAAAUUACGGAAAUCCCCUGAGGAUUAUCAUUCAAUAGAUAAUUUUCUGCACCUUUUGAAGCUGGAUUUCACAGAACUGACAGAGGAUGUUUUGAAUCACUGGAACACAAUUGUUCCUGUGUCAAAUGAACAAGUCCAAUGUUCCAUCAGUGUUGCCAGUUGCUUCACUUGCUGAAGAUAUUCUGAGUUCAUCGUUGAGAAGAUACGUUGUUCUGAGGUAAUUGGCAUUGUUGAUUUCUGAAUCUUAGGAUAUUGGAAGCCUUUUUAUUUUGGGAAAGUCCUUGGACAGUGUUUGUGAUCUUGCCGGAAGUUGUAUCUUUUUUGACAUUUACGGUACUGAAAAUUCGGAUCUUGGUGGAUAUUAUUUGUAGACUGUUCUGAAGAUUUCUGCACAAGUCUGCAUUUCUUUUUCUGAUAAUUGGGAAUCUAAUUUACGCCUUUGAUGGAGUUAUUGCUUUCUAGUUUCAACAAUAUAUAUCACCCUGAAAUUAAAGCAGCUUCAUUAACACCAAGAAUUUCUCAUUUCCG